AUGGAUUCAUUUUCCGUGUCCUGGAUGUUGUUCCUAGCUGGUGUUCUUAUCGGAACUUGUCAAUCAUCUACCUGUCAUGCGCAGUGUGACUACGACCACGUGACAGCAAAGGCCGACUGCUCCUCUCGAAAUUUGAACUGUAUCCCGGUCAACUACCCAGACUCCCUCGUCAUGGAUCUCAGCCACAACGCCAUAUCGGUGCUGGAACCAGACGACUUCAACGGGACGUUCACGAAGUUGGUUGAGCUGUACCUUGACUACAACAACAUAUCUGAUGUGACGUCACUGCUGCAGUCAACCGGGUUGGGAAGCCUGGAGAAACUAUCGGUGGACCAUAACACCGUUUCGAACUUGCCUUCUUCUUGUUCGCUUACUUCUCUUGAAGAGAUGUCACUGGACUACAACUCACUCGAUUACUUAUACGGAAUUCCCCAUUGUAACAAUUUAAAGAGCUUUUCAGCUGAUUCAAAUGAAAUACAAAAUGUUGAUGUGUUUUUAUUUUUCUUCGAUCAAUUACUCACCUCCCUCUCAUUUAUCAGCCUGCGGUUCAACGGGAUAGGGGAUUUCUCUUGGUACGCACGUCAUAUGUUCAGCGCCAAUGUGACCUUUUUACUCGAUCAUAAUGAAAUCACACAUGUCAAUCUAAGAGUGCGUGGUUUUGGUUCCUAUUUCGGCCUACUCUCUCUUAGUAACAACAAACUUCAAACCAUUGGAGCCCCACUUCCUGCUAAAUUCGUCAUAGCCAGCAAUGGAUUACGUGCAUUUAGUGGAUUCGAUUUCUUUGACCGUGGAGAAACCUUAAUGGAGGAGCUAGACAUAAGCAACAACUCGUUUGAUUCCUUGAUACAACCAGAAUGGGCAGAAGGUCUUCAGAUCUUAUACGCUGAUGACAACAUACUGGCCAACCUGUCCUCUACAACCCUACAAGGAUUUAUCAACCUGACGGAGCUCCAUCUAGCAAAUAAUCGACUCCUGUUCAUCUCAUCAACAGCUCUGAGUCAACUCACGAAGCUACGGUCUCUGUAUAUUGAUGGCAAUGCCCUGACAUCAUUGUUUGGUGGAAUAUUCCUCAACCAAGCUGACCUGGUGGAGCUUUCAAUCGCUAGCAACCAACUCUCCGUGCUGCAUCAGGAUUACUUCUUCGGUCUGGACUCGCUGGAACGUUUGUAUCUCGCUGGGAAUCGACUAGUUUACGUUCAAUCGGAGAUGUUCGGGCAGAUGCUUGGCCUCACCAUGGUGGACUUCUCUCAAAACAAACUUGAAGUCUUUGAAAUCAAAAAUUGUGGCAUCCUCAGCAACUUAAAGAGCAUCCUGUUAGCUCACAAUUCCAUUCAUGACAUCAGUUACAUACUUGGUCACUGCGAUAACUUUGAAGUCCUGGACUUGAGUUUCAAUCAAAUCAGAGUGGUUCCUGGUGACUCUCUUACUGUAGGGGGAAGAAGCAGAGCACUAUCCAGACUUGAGCUUGAAGGCAACCCGCUCCAGUGUGACUGCCGGUUGACGGGUCUACGUGACUGGCUUCUCAACAAUCCCCCGUCUGUUCUCCCUCGAUGUCAAGGUCCACCGCAGAACUCAGGAGCAGUGGUUACAGACUUAGACAUACCUGAUUUCAUCUGUGAUUAUCCCAAGGCCGUGAGUAAAGUGAACCAUCUUAACGUGAUAGUCGGUCAGGCAGCGACUCUCUCAUGCACGGCGACUGGUAUACCCAUUCCCAACAUAACAUGGCUGAACCCCAACGGUACGGUGAUACCAGACAAAUGGCAGGACAGAUUUUUCAUUUCAAGAGACGUGACUUUACACAUCAUUUCAGUUGAACUAUCUGAUCGAGGAAUGUACACGUGUAUGGUCCAAAACAUCCUGGGUGAAUUUGACAGAGCUGUGGUCAAUCUGACUGUUUCCGCAGAACUGAAAUCAACACACGCUAGCGUCUCUUUGGCUGCGGCUGUUCUCCCCACCAUGUUUAUCACCCUAAUUGUCACACUCGCUGUCGUCGCCUUGGUCAUCUCUCUCCGUCGUCGUUAUAAGAAGAAAGAUCAUUGUACUUCAGCAGUGGAAGGGGUCAGGGGUGGUUCAAGGCUUUCGGUUGGUUUCCGUAAAACUGUAUCUACCAGAUCAGACGAAGGCUACGUCAACGAACCCAUCGAGGGUGAGUACAUGACACCUACCUGUAAGGAGGACACUGGGGAGGAAUACGAGGAACCAUCUACGGCAGCUGGACAUCCUUCUGGAAGAUACCAGAGGCACCUCAAUGUCAUCCCAUCAGCAGAGAUGGACGAUGCCGACGUCUACGAACCAGUCAACAUCGGUGGCGAAACAUAA